AUGAUUACAUUCAUUAUCAUUUCAGUUUUUCUACUGCAGUCAUGUUAUUGUGGUUCAUCUGGAUCGUCACAAGAAUGUAAAAAGGAGCAGACUUUCAUUGGGAAAUUUUGGUCAUUAGUUGAAUCGCUGAUUAGCUUGAUUUGCUUUGUGAAUGGAAUCUGGAAUACGAUAAAUGAGUGGCGUAUUGUAUUUUAUAACACUACUACUGCAGUUCAAAGUUCGAAAUCUUCUUAA